AUGAUAUCACUCGUGGUCUCGGUUCUAGCGCUGAUGAAUCCAUCAACGUGUAAAGUCCAUGAUGCUAAAUGCACUAUCAGCGAACCUUUCUCAAGUCUUCACCAAUAUUAUCAAGAAGGAGAUCUCAUCAUUGGGGGAAUUACUUCUCUUAUCUAUGUCAUCUCAGAAAUGAUGGAUUUUAGCAAAGUGUUCAACUAUAUGGCAUAUAACAUGCCUUUUGUCCUGACUAAUCAUUAUCAACAUGUCUUGGCCAUGGCAUUUGCUGUGAAGGAAAUCAAUGAAAACCUCCAGAUCUUACCCAAUGUCACUUUGGGUUUCCACAUCUGGAACAGCUACUUCAAUGCAAGAGAGACCUAUCGUGCCAUAGUAGAACUUUUCUCAGCAAAGAGCAGAUUUCUCCCCAACUACAAGUGUGACAGCAAGAACAAUCCUAUAGCAGUCAUUGGAGGACUUGAAGCUGAAACCUCCCUCUACAUAGCAAGUGUGUUAGCUGUCUACAAUAUCCCACAGCUUCACUACUUCUUGAAAAGUGUUUCAUUUAAUAACAAUGCUGGGGACAGUAUUUCAUUUGACACUAGUGGAGAGGUAGUCUCAGGGUAUGAUAUUAUCAACUGGCUUGCUUUCCCAAAUCAAUCUGUUCUUAAAAUCAAAAUUGGAGAGGUUCAUCCAGGAGCUCCUACAGACCGAAUGCUUACCAUUAAUGAAGACCACAUCACAUGGAACAACUGGUUUAACCAGACACAACCCCUUUCUGUCUGCAGUGCAAGUUGCCAUCAGGGUUACAGGAAGGAAAUGAAGGAAAGAGAACCAUUCUGCUGCUAUGGCUGCGUUCCUUGUCCAGAAGGAAAAAUUUCCAAUCAGAAGGACUUGGAUGAGUGCUUCACUUGCAGAGAAGAUGAAUACUCAAACAUGGGACAAAACCAGUGCAUUCCCAAAGACAUUACUUUUUUGUCUUAUACAGAGCCGUUGGGGAUCACUUUAGUGACUUUUGUCUUUUCCUUUUCUUUCAUCACCCUUUUGGUGCUAGCAAUCUUUAUAAAGCACCACAGCACCCCCAUUGUCAAAGCCAACAACAGGAACCUCACCUAUUCUCUCCUGAUCUGCCUCCUCCUUUGCUUCCUUUGUGCUCUGCUCUUCAUUGGUCAACCACAACGGGUGCCCUGUCUCCUCCAACAAACCAUUUUUGGCAUGGUUUUCUCAGUUGCUCUUUCUUGUGUACUGGCAAAAACUAUUAUGGUGGUUUUGGCUUUCCUAAGCAUUCAGCCAGGAAACAGUCUGAGGAAGUGGGUGGGGAAAAGAGUGGGUAAUACCAUUGUGAUUUCCUGUUCCUUUUCCCAAGCACUCAUUUGUUUUGUGUGGUUGGCCACUUCUCCCCCAUUUCUAGAUGUUGACAUGCACUCAGAGGCUGAAGCAGUUGUCCUGGAGUGCAAUGUGGGGUCUGUCACAAUGUUUUACUGUGUCCUGGGCUACAUGGGCUUCUUGGCCAUUGUUAACUUUGUGGUGGCUUUUUUGGCCAGGAAGUUGCCUGACAGCUUUAAUGAAGCCAAAUUUAUCACUUUCAGUCAAUUGGUCUUUUGCAGUGUUUGGAUGUCUUUUGUUCCCACCUACUUGAGCACCAAGGGGAAAUCUAUGGUGGCUGUGGAGAUCUUCUCCAUCUUAGCUUCUAGCUCUGGUCUUCUGGGUUGCAUCUUUGCCCCCAAAUGUUUCAUUAUUGUGCUGCACCCUGAGCUGAACAAGAGGGAAGAACUGAUAAGAAGAAAAGAGUAG